GUAGAGCUUCACGUCCACCUGGAUGGAGCCAUUAGACCAGAAACAAUCUUGCACUUUGGCAGGAAAAGAGGGGUUCCUCUCCCCGGCAGCACUGUUGAUGACCUCCUGAAGCACGUCAGCUACAAAACACCACUGACACUUACCCAGUUUCUAGAGAAGUUUAAUCACUACAUGCCCGCCAUUGCGGGUGACCGUGAGGCGGUGAGGAGGAUUGCCUACGAGCUCGUGGAAACAAAAGCAAAAGAAGGAGUCAUCUACGUGGAGGUCCGGUACAGCCCUCACCUCCUGGCCAACUGCCGCGUGGAUCCCAUCCCCUGGGGCCAGACCGAGGGAGACCUCACUCCAGAUGAAGUCGUUAACCUCGUAAAUCAGGGACUACAGGAUGGAGAAAGGGAUUUCCGCAUCAAAGCCAGGUCUAUUCUAUGCUGCAUGCGCCAUAUGCCAAGCUGGUCUCCGGAGGUGGUAGAGCUCUGCAAGAAGUAUCGAAACAACUCUGUGGUGGCCAUCGAUCUGGCUGGGGAUGAGUCCCUGAAAGUGGAGAAUUCCUCUGAGCAUAAGAAGGCUUAUGAGGAAGCUGAAAGAUGCGGGAUUCAUCGUACUGUCCAUGCUGGGGAGGCUGGCCCGCCUGCCAUGAUCAAGGAGGCAGUUUAUCUCCUGAAGGCCGAGCGCAUUGGCCAUGGCUACCAUGUCCUGGAGGACCCCGAGCUCUACAAGGAGCUGUUGAGAGCAAAGAUGCAUUUUGAGGUCUGCCCUUGGUCCAGUUAUCUCACCGGAGCAUGCCUUCCAGACUUUGGGAAACACCCAGUAGCGCAAUUUAGGAAGGAUCGAGCUAACUAUUCUAUAAACACAGAUGACCCUCUCAUCUUUAACUCCAAUAUUGACAAGGAUUACAGCAUCGUGAAGGACUACAUGGGCUUCACUGAAGAGGAGUUCAAGAGAGUGAAUAUCAACGCAGCUCAGUCCAGCUUCUUACCUGAGAAGGAAAAGCAGGAGCUGCUCGACACGCUGUAUGAAGCCUAUGGGAUGGUCCCCAACACAUCGUGA